UGAUAUUUCUUCAUCAUAUACUAAGGGAUAAUUGUCAAAUUUUUGGAUAACAAUGGGGAGAGUUGAAGCAAACAAUGAAGAAGAAACCUCUCAGGCAGAGAGUGGUACUGAACCAGCUGCCUCACAACCUCAACAGUUACAAGGAGUACAAGGUGUAUAUCAGUCACCACCACACUUAACAAUUGGAGCUCCUUGGAGUACUGGCUUAUUUGAUUGUCAUCUGGACCAAACUAAUGCUGUUAUGACGGCGUUCUUACCUUGUGUAACAUUUGGACAAAUAGCAGAAGUCCUUGAUGCAGGACAAAUGACAUGCCCUUUAGGGACUUUCAUAUACAUGCUGAUGAUGCCUGCUAUUUGCUCUCAGUGGAUCAUGGGCUCAAAAUAUAGAACCCAAUUGAGACAAAGAUAUAAUCUAGUGGAAGCUCCUUAUUCAGACAUGAUUUCCCAUAUGUUCUGUCCAUGUUGCUCUCUUUGUCAAGAAUUCAGAGAGCUUCGAAACAGGGGACUUGAUCCCGCUCUAGGGUGGAAUGGUAUAGUUGCUCAGCAGCACUAUGGGAACCAACAAGUGAAUCAAGCUCCUCAAGUACAAUCCAUGUCAAAGUAAAUUUCAAGAUUGUGAUUCUUUAUUUGUUUGAUUUGAGGUUGUAGUGUGCUAGUCAUUUUUUUUGCAACAACCAGAUUCUGUUCAUGUUUGAAGUUGUAUCCUUAAAACUCAACCAUAUUGUUGGCUGUGUUAAUUGUUUGAACUAUAUUUUUAGAACCCCAUUUCGAGUUAGAUUAUAGUUUUAAUCGAAGCAAUGUCUCUUCUC